UUGCAUUUAGAUUGCUAUUUAGGCUAUUUAGCCAAUCUAACAAAGAGAAUGAACUCUUGGGCUAGAAACUAGAAAUGGAGAAAAGUUCGUAUCUUCGGUGGAAUUCCAACUAAACUUUGGGCUCAGUUUAAAACCCAAGCAGCGCAUUUUUGGGUCCUGCUUGCAAGUAACGUCUUUUUUGGCGGAGGAGGGUGCAGUCAUCUAGUCGCCGGCCAGUCGCAUUUUGCAGUUACAAGUUGCAGGGUGAUGUCUCUGUGGCCGAAGCAGCAACCAAUGGGGGAUGAAAAGGACGCGUUUUAUGUUGUUCGUAAGGGAAAUGUUAUUGGCAUCUACAAAAGCUUAAGUGAUCUCCAAGCCCUAAUUCGGUCUUCUAUUGGAGAACCUUCUAUCAGUGUGUUUAAAGGGUAUUUCCUGGCCAAACAGUCUGAAGAAUAUCUUGCGUCUCACGGGCUUAAGAAUGCAAUGUACUCCGUUGACACCAUUGAUGUUCGCAAUGAUCUAUUUGGCUUACUCGUGCCCUGCCCUUUCCGGCAACCAGGAUCUUCUAAAGACAAACCACUCAGCAAGGAAUUUCAGGAGAAGAGAAUACUGGAAAUAACUGGACCUGCUAUGUAUUCAGCUGCUGUUGUUCCACAAAAACAAGGAAAAUUAGAUAAUUUCCUUGAAGUCCCUCCAAUUUCUUCUUACUGUAGCUCUUGUGUUCUUGAGUUUGAUGGUGCUUCAAAAGGAAACCCUGGACUUGCUGGUGCUGGGGCUGUUCUGCGUGCAGCAGACGGAAGUGUGGUUUUCCGGUUGCGUGAAGGUUUGGGCAUUGCAACUAACAAUGUUGCUGAGUACAGAGGUUUGAUAUUGGGAUUGAAGUAUGCUCUUGAGAAAGGGUUCAAACACAUACGUGCCCAAGGAGAUUCAAAGCUUGUCUGCAUGCAGACUCAGGGACUGUGGAGAACAAAGAACCAGAACAUGGCUGAGCUGUCAAAGGUGGUCAGGGAACUUAAGGAGCAAUUUGCAUCAUUCCAUAUCAGCCAUGUCGAUAGAGAAUACAACACCGAAGCUGAUGCUCAGGCAAAUGUAGCUGUGUAUCUUGAACAUGGUCGCAUUGAAGUCGAAUGAGGAAUCCCGGAGUAACUGAAAAUAGAGUCAUUGAUUGAGGAUGUCCCCCAAAUAUGGAUUUUGGUAGGGAUCCGCAUCUUGAAACUAACCCUGUUUGGAUUAGCCAUCCGGUUGAUCAAAUUUGUAGAUAUGCAACAAAUUGUCGGGUUCAUUGUGCAUUAGGGAGGAUGCUUGUCUUUCUGCUAUUAUUAUUUAUGUAGAUUCUAGGGUUACUGGCCAUGUCUUUCUUCUUCAAAUUAACUGAACAGCUAAUUAAAUACAAAAAAAAAAAGAAUGACACCCCAUCCCUGAGGGUCCCUCAAGAAUUGACUAGACAGUUAUAUGGAAGGAAGACUGGGAGAAUGUAAA